UGCACCUUACUUAAAUAACCUUAGUUUUAAUGCAACCACGUGUGUAAUGACAUUUAAAUUUCCUCAUCGCUUGAAGAACGUGCAAAAUUAUUUUUGAAUUGGUUUAGGGAGAAAUUAAGGAAUUAACCCCGGUUUUAUUAAGGUUAACCUAUCCGGGGGGGUGAUGUAAUAAACGUGUGCACUUUCAAAGCUUUGUCAGUGUUUGCUUGAACGCGGAACAGUUCGCUUUAAAAAUAUUAAUAAACUCGUGGAAAAUGAGCGGUAACACGACAACAGUUUCCACACCAACGGAAAAUAAAUUAAUAACAAUCCCUCUAGAAAAUAUUGAAGAUGAAAAUAAAGAUGAGGUUAAGUUAAAAAAGGAAUUGGGGUUACUUGAAGGUGUUGCAAUCAUUUUAGGGAUUAUUUUCGGUUCUGGUAUAUUUAUUUCUCCGAAAGGAGUAAUAAAAGAAGUUGAUUCAAUCGGUUUCUCGUUAGUAGUAUGGGUGAUGUGUGGAUUUUUGUCUAUGAUAGGAGCAUUAUGUUACGCUGAAUUAGGAACUAUGAUACCAAAAUCAGGUGGUGAUUACGCCUAUAUUUACGAUUCUUUUGGUCCUUUACCGGCGUUUCUAUAUCUUUGGGCUGCAAACGUCAUCUUUGUUCCAACAACAAACGCAAUUAUGGGAUUAACUUUUGCCAAAUAUGUUAUCCAACCAUUUUUUGGGCCAUGUGAUUUACCCGAUACAAGCGCAACUUUAAUAGCUGCCGUAACGAUAUGCUUUUUGACGUUUUUAAAUGGUUACAAUGUAAAAGUGACGACUAAAAUGCAGAAUGUGUUCAUGUUCUCGAAAGUGGGUGCCUUAGUCUUGGUGAUUUUGAUGGGCGUUGUUUGGAUGAGUAUGGGGAAUGUGGAAAACUUUGAAAAUGCUUUCGAAGGAACGACCACAAACCCCGGAAAAAUUGCGACGGCGUUUUACUCAGGAAUCUUUUCGUACUCAGGGUGGAAUUAUUUAAACUUUAUGACUGAAGAAUUAAAAAAUCCUUUUGUGAAUCUUCCUCGUGCCAUUUACAUUUCAAUUCCUUUAGUUACCUUGAUUUAUGUUUUGGCGAAUAUGGCUUAUUUAUCAGUUUUAACGCCAAUUCAAAUGAUGUCGUCUGAUGCAAUUGCUGUGACUUUUGGUGAUAAAAUAAUGGGUAAUUUCGCUUGGAUAAUCCCUGUUUUAGUCGCAAUUUCCGCAUUUGGUGGUUUAAGCGUUCACGUUAUGGCGUCUUCACGCAUGUUAUUCGUUGGAGCUAGAAACGGACAUUUUCCGGCGUUGUUAUCGCACAUAAACGUUAAAAAUUUCACUCCGUUACCAUCGUUAAUAUUUUUAAACAUCUUAUCAUUAUUUAUGUUGGUAAGCAGUGAUAUUCACGCUUUAAUCACUUACUGCACAAUCGUUGAAUCAUUCUUUGUGAUGUUAUCUGUUGCUGGACUUCUUUAUUUGAGAUGGAAACGACCAGAACUUUCACGACCAAUUCGCGUAAACAUCAUCAUUCCCAUUGUUUUCGUUUUAAUUUGUUUGUUUUUGAUUGUUUUACCAUGUGUUGAAGCUCCAAAAGAGGUAGGAAUGGGAGUGCUACUAACAUUAUCUGGGAUACCGUUUUAUUAUUUCGGUGUAAAAUGGACUGAGAAACCUGAGUGGUUUCAAAAUUGUUUAGGGAAAAUUACGAUUGUGUCUCAAAAAGUAUUUUUGGCUGCUCAUGAGGAUUAACUAAACGUUAAAAUUGAUAAAAGAGGUUGUUUUUGUUUGGAUCAGUAUUAAAGAUAAGAUUUUUUUUUAAGUUUAAGGAUUUAUGAUUUAUUUUUGGUUGGUUAUUAUGAAAAUUGUACUUAAAU